CUAUGCCAACAUGGCGGCGACUUCUUUGUUGUUGUUGGUGUGAAGGUGGAUUUUUGGCCAGAAAAUCACCCCAAAAGCGCAUGCAAAGUACUCCGUGUGAUGCCCAAGACACCCCCGCGUGCGUGAACAAGUGCUUAGUGUGAAGAUAGCGUGCGCUGCACCGUGAAAACUGUGGCCAAAGUGAUCUUUUUUUCCCAAAUUCUUUUUCUCCUCGUCACCUCUCGCUCGCACUACAUAGAGGCUCGCUGAGCGGGACGGAGAGUGCAUCACAUAGCCUACUGCAGAGUGUGUGCCGAAAAGAGAGAGAGCGAGUGACCCCACAAAAGUUUCUCAACUACAUUUUUCAACCACACUCCAAGGAUUGCUGGCCGAGAGAGAAUCCAUUCUCUGGGGCGCUGCGCCACCGUGAAAGUGCCCUGUGACACCUGGAGCCCCUGCAGGGGCGUCUGUGCUCGCGAUUUGUGUGGAAUUUCACCCUCUGGCGCGUGCGAUUGUGGCAGAGAAUGAGGAGGAAAAGUGAUUUUUGACAGGCCUGAGUUCAGAGAGUGUCACUGUCUUUCUGCGGGCUCCCACGACAGAGGGGCGCAGUCUACCUGAUUUGGAGACGAGGGGAGACAUCCCGACUGCCUGUAGUGCCUUCAGGAAGUGCCUAAGAGUUGAGUGAGGAGUGCUUGAGUGGAGGAAUUGUGAGUGUGUGGCUGAAAGUCCACCAUUUGGAAUUCUUAACCUUCUUCAGUGACGUUUCCGGACCGUGGAGUCUCACGGAUCCCCACACGGACUCCACGGGUCGCCGUGGAGAAAGGCAGAGAGGCGUGGAGAGUGGCAAAAAAGUGUGUGUGUGAAAUUUAUCAACAAGGCGAAAUUUUGCACAGCCGAGGAGGUGCCUAAUUUUAGAAUAUUUCCUCUGCGGAGUUGGGGGUCUGCCGAGGAGCCGAGGGACAGGCAACAAGUGAAGAGAGCUCACCAUCACGAGUGAAAUGUGUGGAUUUCCCAAGGAGACACCCAUGACACGAGGAGACAAGAAGCAUCAGCCGAGACAGUGGAGACGAUGAUCAAGUUGGCCUCCGGUGAUCACUGAAGGAUUUUCUCUCGUCCGGAGAUCUGGAUAAAAGUGCCUGGCAGAGUUUUGGAAUUUCAGCAAUUUGCAUCGAGGGAGAAGAUUGACUGUGGAAUUUGAUAAGGAAGCGAACGGAGGAGAAAUAUUUGGAAUAUUUUUCUCAGUGCCUCUGGUCUUCUCCAUCUCCAAUUAAUUUAAUUAAGCCAGUGAUUAUAGUGGACAUUUCUUUUUUGAAAAGAACAUUUAUUUUCUCUUUUUUUGAAACUGUUGUUGUGUGUGUGCGUGUCCACGUGUGGAAAAUUGUAGGUGGGGAAAUUGGUGAAAAAUUGUGCGGUGGGAUCUUUUGUGAUAUGAUAUGACAAACUACGACAAUAAGGAUGAAUUCAUCCGGCGGAAAGACACCGUCAUCGGCGCGAUUGUCGGAAUAUGCGACAAAUGCAUUGGAGCAAAUCAGGAAAGAUCUAUGCAAAUUUGUGCAUAUCACCAAUGGAUCGCAGAUGACACAAGAUGGAUCAACUACACCACAAUUGGGCCAGCAACAGGUGACAAAUCAUCAAAAUCUGGCCGAACGAGAAAGAGACAUUCUCAUGUGUCAACAAUUGACUAAUUUAAUCAAUGCCGGCUACAGUGAGGAACAAGCAUUGAAUGCACUAAAGCAGGCUUCUGGGCGUCCGGAUGGCCUCCUGUUUGCCGCCACGAAGCCUACAUCCUCUCCGGAGUCGCCAAUCAAUGGACAUAGUGCUCCACCGUCGUCGAAAGUGCCAGCACCAUUGGCCACGAAGUUGAUGCGGAAGCACAGCAUCGAGCGUGAACUGUCACAAGCGCUCCAAUACAACCGAAAUAGUCCGGCACUCGAUUCGGGUGCGGGCAGUUCACGAUCGGAUAGUCCUCACUCGCACCAGCAGAUCAUUCAGGUGAGCAGUCGCGCCAGCACGGGACAAUACUCCCCAUCGCCGUGCCCGUCAAGCUUCAGCGAUGCCCCACCGCUGCCACCGCCCCGGUGCUCCUCAACACCACCCACUCCGCCUCCGGUGCCCGUGACGAACUUCCAGCAGUUGUUCAAGCGCAUGUCGCCGGCGACGAAUCCCACACAGAGGACAGUGCCGCUGCCGUCGCAGAGUCCGGCCAGAGGGACGUCGCCGGUGAGUGCUGUGGGGACACAUCCGAGGCAGCCGAUGAUUGUGCAGAAUGGGCCACAGGCGCAGCAGCAGUUGUCACAGCAGAUGCAAGCGCUAAGCCUGUAUCAGAGUGGUGGGAAUUCGGGAGAGCCACCGCCGCCGUAUCCCAUCAUCUCGGCGGGCGCUCCUCCGCCGCCGCCCAGCUACACGGCGUCCAUCCAGAGUCGCCAGAGUCCCACGCAGUCCAGCACAACGACGGAUUACCGCAAGAGUCCCAGCUCGGGGAUCUACUCGGCCACGUCGGCGGGCUCACCUAGUCCCAUCACUGUCUCACAGGCGGCAGUGACACCCCCGCAUGCGGCCGGAAUGCCGCGGCCCAUCCCUCUGCCCGCCUGGGGAACUCGUCAGACGAAAACCCAGCCGCCCAUAAUCAUGCAGUCGGUGAAGUCGACGCAAGUGCAGAAGCCUGUACUGCAGACGGCCAUCGCUCCAGCGGCUCCUGCCACGCCAUGCAUCGCCACGACGGUGGCACCGCCCUCGUAUGCGUCCAGUAUUCACCAGAAAUCUCAGGCCACACCACCAUCUCCAGUCACGGUGGCUGCGCCCAAGCCCCCCGUCUCGACACCUUCCACACCGCCCGCGGUGAAUGGGAGUGUGACACCGCAGCCGGUGGUGCCGACCACGGAGCCUCCAUCCUACGCCAGCACCAUUCAGGCUUUCCUCACCGCCCAGCAGACGCGCAAUUUACCACCGCCGCCACCCUACUCAACUGCCAACACCACAACCUCCAGGAAUUCCCCGGCCGAGUCUCCCAGUAGUCUGAAGAAUGGGGGGAAUCUCGCCACGACGCCACCUCUGCCACCGACAGCGUCCUCCAGUGUGGCCAAAGUGAAUGGGAUUGACAAGAAGAGCGCCUCGUCGGUGGCCACCGGACAGGGCGCAUCGAAUCGUGGAGCUGGUGAGACGGGUCCGUGCAAGAAGAUUAAGCAUCACUCGCCGAUUCCGGUGCGGAAGAAUGUGUCGAAAGAGAAGGAGGCGGAGAGGAAGGAGUUCAGGAUACGACACUACUCACCGCAGGCCUUCAAGUUCUUCAUGGAGCAGCACAUUGAGAAUGUGCUGAAGUCCUACAAGGCGAGAAUCUAUCGGCGGAAUCAGCUGGAGCGAGAGAUGCUGAAGAUGGGCCUCACCACCCAGAGUCAGACUCAGAUGCGACGGAUGCUGUGCCAAAAGGAGUCCAAUUACAUUAGGCUGAAGAGGGCGAAGAUGGACAAGACGAUGUUCUUGAAGAUUAAGGAUAUUGGUGUGGGUGCAUUCGGUGAGGUGAGUCUGGUGAGGAAAAUUGACACGACCAAUCAUUUGUAUGCCAUGAAGACGUUACGCAAGGCGGACGUUCUCAAGAGGAAUCAAGUGGCACAUGUGAAGGCGGAACGGGAUAUCCUGGCGGAGGCGGACAAUGACUGGGUCGUGAAGCUGUACUACAGCUUCCAGGAUGAGGACAAUCUCUACUUCGUCAUGGAUUAUAUUCCAGGUGGUGACUUGAUGUCUCUGCUGAUCAAGAAGGAGAUCUUUGAGGAGCCUCUGGCGAGAUUCUACAUAGCAGAACUCACGUGUGCUGUGGAAAGUGUCCAUAAAAUGGGAUUCAUUCACAGGGACAUCAAACCCGAUAAUAUUCUCAUUGAUCGUGAUGGUCACAUAAAACUCACGGAUUUCGGACUGUGCACGGGUUUCCGGUGGACGCAUGACUCCAAGUAUUAUCAGAAGAAUGGAGAACACGCGAGGCAGGACUCAAUGGAGCCCUGGGAAGAGAAUGGAGAAGUCACGAGACCAUCAGUGCUGGAACGACGACAACGAGCGCAUCAGCGUGGCUUAGCACAUUCCCUAGUCGGUACACCAAAUUACAUCGCCCCGGAAGUGCUCGAGAGGAGCGGCUACACUCAGCUGUGUGACUGGUGGAGUGUAGGCGUGAUCCUGUAUGAGAUGCUCGUGGGUCAGCCGCCAUUUUUGGCCAACACUCCCGGGGAGACGCAGCACAAGGUGAUAAAUUGGGAGACGACACUGCAUAUUCCACUUCAGGCAAAGUUGUCCCGCGAGGCGACAGACAUGAUCCUGAAAUUGUGUUCAUCGCCCGAUCGGAGAUUGGGCAAAAAUGCUGAUGAAGUGAAGGCACAUCCGUUCUUCAAGUCCAUUGACUUUAGUAAGAAUCUAAGGGAGCAACCAGCGCCGUAUAUUCCCAAAAUUGAGCAUCCCACGGACACGUCCAACUUUGAUCCCGUUGAUCCGGGCAAAUUGAGAAACUCAUCGCUGGAUUCGGGCAGGAGUGAUGAGUUCUCGGACACGGGAAAGCCCUUUCAUGGCUUCUUCGAGUUCACCUUCCGGAGGUUUUUCGACGACAACAACACCAAAAUCAUCGUGGAUGGCAAUGAUGAUCUUGGACCUGUCUACGUAUGACAAUAUCUCGAGGAUCGAGAUGCCUUCCUUCGCUGAACUUCUUCUCUGGUAUUAUUUUGCUUAAUGGGCGGGGGAACAAUUAGCAAUUCUUCUCGGGAUGGGAUGAUUUUAGUUCUUGAGAAAGAGAGAAACAAAUAAAAAAAACAGGUGGAAAUAAGGGAAAAAAAAUCUUGCGAAUUGUUGGGAAACGUGGAAAAAUCGGAAUUGGUGCUACUUUUUUGUUCUUCAAACUAUUUUUAUCUUAUUAUAACAGUGGAUUAUUUGUAGUGUCUUUUUUUAAUUAAUGUUCUAUUUAAGAUUAGGUGAGAGAGAAAAGAUAUGAAAUGAAAUUAAAAGAAAUUGGAGGAGAAACAAGGGGAAAACGUGAUAGGUAGAUAAAGAAUAUUUUUGCUGAAUAUCUUGUAAGGAUUACAAAUGAGAAAAAAAGAGAAACUUGAAGUGCCUCGAGAGACCCAAUUGCCAGCUGGCUGGUUGGCCCCAAAAGGAAAAAGUGUUGGAUUUUUGUAACGAAACUGCCGACAAGGCGAUAAAGUGAACAAAUUUAAUUAUUUAAAAAAGAG